AUGGUAGAAAGAGCCAAAAACUCAUUGUUGUUCGUGGAAGCAUUUCACUAUUGUUAUCAUCCAUUUACACGUCAAGCACUGUUUGAACUUCUAUCCAAUGAACAAUUACUGGACGAUCAAAACAUUUAUGAAUUAGGCAACGGUACUCUAAUGAAUUUGAGGUGUUAUAUGAUAAGCAUGUCAAGAUUUAUUGUCAAAAUCCAACAGGUUGAAGAUGAAGAAGAAAUACCUGUGAUAAUUAGUGCUCAAGCAAUUCGUAUCGACGGUCAAAUUGAUCAUGGAAUGUUAGUCUCGUGUACAUUUGUUAAACAGAAUAUUAAUGUGAAUAUUUAUGUGGAAUUUACGAAUAAUUGGUCAAUACCAAAACAGAAUAUAAUUGUGACAGGUGAACUGAGUACAUUGAAAGCAGCAUAUCUUAUUGCUCUUAGUUUCUAUCAUUAUGAAAUGAUUACAAAUAAUCAGACUAGAAAUCACAAACAAUUAAAAACUAUGCGGAAAAUCAGAGUACAUAUUAUUAUCGAUUACGAGCCUUUGUUGAAAAGAUAA